ACGGCCAUCAUUGUGCAUCUUCGAAAGCGCACCGUGCAAUACGAAUUGUUGGAAUCACGUACACACUUGCCCGAUAGUGAAUGGAACAAUAUUCGCGAAGUCGCUAGCCCUCUCACCGGGCUUUUCGCUCCAGUUGCAAUGGCUAUUCGUCGAGGCUGGAUACGUCUUGGUGAACAGAACGAAUAUGUAGAUCCAACCACGAAAUCGUCGAUCCCGCUUUCUCGAGCCUACCAAUUGGGAAGAAUCCGGCUGGCCAGUUCCAGUCCAACACGAAGUGCUCAGCCUACUUUGCCAAUUCUCCUGCUGAUUGAGCGAGUGUUCUUCAGCUGGAGGAAAACACAACUGGUCAGUGUAGUCGAUACUGCUCGGGGUGAUGUUUUGACCCCAGAGAUAGCACUGCAAGCUGGCAUUCUGGAGACGACCGAGGAUGAAAUUCGGUUUAUGGACACAUUGACCAACACUUGGAUAACCAUAGAGGAGGGUGUCGGACGACAGAUUAUACAAGUGGAUGAAGUUGACACAUCCUCCGAUUCGGCUUUGGAAGACAUUGACGAACCAACCACGUGUCGUGUAUACCAACUCACACAUCUGUGUCCUGGAGGAGAGCCAGGAACGUGGAUCUCACCUUUGGAGGCCGCUCGGUUGGGUCUGUUCAAAUGGGAAACUGGAGAUGUGGCAGCAGAUUGGCCUGCCCGCCCUGUUCUAAGACACGCGGAUCCGAUGGGUGAAUGGCCAGCCGAUGCGUUUGUUCCGACAAACUGGUGCUCUUUUCUGACUGCCCGACAUGCAGGUUGGUUGCGAUUGACGGAAGAAGAAGAUCCAAGCCGUUGGAUAGUGACUGAUGGUGUACCAUAUCAGGAACCGAACUCUGUUCUUCUUUCGACUCAGAUCAAAUUGAUCGCUCACACUGAUAGUCCGGUCAGUCCAUUCAUUGAACGUUACGUGAUGCCUCAAUCUGUCCCGAUUCCUGACACAUCAGAAGUCUAUUCAACCGGGGACACUGGGGCAGGUUAUCUACAUUACCCUACGCAGUUGCCAGACUCCGGUCGAGCAGUCGUAUCCCAUCGCGCUCGUUCAUUUGAACGUGGCCAGCGCAGCUACCAAGAAGAAGCAUCGGAACAAUUCUUCACUGAGACCAUAUCACAAAGACGUGUGCGUCAUAUGUCACAAGAACCUUACUAUCCAACCGAUACUUUUGAAUCCUCCGGAUCAUUUUCACCGUCCGGUUAA